AUGACUGAAAAGUCUCCCGUGUUUUUCGUCGUUGGCAUGAGCCUCUGGUACCUAGCCACUGGAAUGGAGUACGGAUUCAUCUUGCCGACGAUCAACGACUACAUCAAGUCAAUCGGUGCGCCUGAAAGCACAAUCGGAUUUGCCCUGACUCUGUUCGCCCUCAGUGGUCUCAUCGCUUCACCUAUCCUCGGCUGGUUCACCGAUCGACAACAAUCACUCAAAGUUUCACUAGUCUUCUCGGUUUUAUGUUCUAUCAUUGGCUACGCUGCAUAUACGUUCUUCCAAACUUCUUCAAUGAUUCUCGCUGGUCGCUUCAUCUCUGGAAUCGGUUGGGGAGUUGACGGUGCCAUCAUCGGUCGAGUAUCUCUUGCUACUGGUAAAAACAGCGGAACAUUCAUCGGAAUCUGUCUUUUGUGUCGCCAAGUCGGGAUUAUCCUCGCAGGGGUCCUCAAUGCCGCUUGGAUUUCGAACUGGUCUGUCUUCUCAAUUUUCGGAUUUGAGAUCAAUCAGUUCAACUCGGCUGGUUUUGUCUGUAUGAUCAUCUACCUCGUUUUCGGAGCUGUUUCAAUUCUAUCGCUGAAAGAUGAACCAAGAGGCAACGAAAAUGAAAUUUCUGAAUCUUCUGUCAUGCUUGAAGAGAAGGAAAUAAAAGAGUUCAAGUACAAACAGGUCGAAAAACUACCUCUUCUUUCUGAACAGCUUGUUAUCUGCCUUACUGGGUCUGUAGCUGUCUAUGUCUUCCAAUCGAUUAUUGAAAGUAUCGCGACUUUAAUCUCGCGAUACUACCUCGGCUGGACAUCUUCUGAAAACUCCAUCCUUUUCGCUGGUAUUGGCGUUCUUGCUGUAAUCGGCUAUGGACUCACUGUGAUCGUCCAACGAUUCGUUGCUCCGCGAUCUACCCUCCUUAUCGGCGUUGCAGUUCAAUUAGUUUGCCUUAUUUGCUUUUCUUUCGUACUUCCCUUUGCACACUUUCGUGAUUCCUGGCUAAUUCCUUCACUGGGUUUUCUGACAAUCUUUUUCAUAACGAUGAUCCCCUUCAUGAUCGUUUCGUCGGCGUCUAUCCUCGCUGAUUUCUCGGCUGAAUCGAACAAAUCCAUGAUUCAAGGGAUCAGAAUCAGCUUUGAGCGUCUUGCACAACUGCUUGGGCCGCUCUGGGCUGCUAACAUGCUUCACAAUACUGCAAUUAUAUUUAUUUUCCCCGCCAUUUUGCUACUUAUGAACUUGGUAAUGAUCCUGAUGAGCUGGAAAUGGCUUGAUGGAAGUAAAUUCCAAUUAGGCAUGAACCUAUGGUACUUGAUGUCCGGAGUAGAAUACGGACUGAUUUUACCGACUCAAAAUGAAUACUUGUUAACACUUGGGGCACCCCACGCCGCUGUGGGGUACGCCUUCAUGCUUUUUGCUUUCGCUGGGCUGGCUUCUUCUCCAUUUUGUGGCUGGGCUACUGACAAAUUGAAGGCGAUAAAACUACCGCUGCUGGUCAUGGUAUCCUGCAGCAUCGCUGGAUCGUGUAUCUAUACCUUCUCCCGAUCGAUCGCUGGUAUUUUUCUCGGUCGGCUUGUUCAAGGUCUUGGCUGGGGCAUUGAUGGAGCCAUUAUUGGCAGGGUGGCCCUAAUUACUGAAAAAUCUGGCAAUGGGUCGAUGAUGAUUGGGCUUUGCUUGCUAAUGAGGCAGGCUGGAAUUAUUGUCGGAACAUUGAUUGGAUCUGCUUUUGUAAAUUCGUGGAAAUUCGUGUUUUUGGGGAUGUUUGAGAUCGACAAUCUGAAUUCCGCUGGUCUUGCCGUUGCUCUUUUGUGGUCUUUUUGCCUUGUGUUCAGCUUCAUCGCAACUGUGGCCGAACCGCAGGUGCGCUCAGACAGCGACCAAGUGACUUCCCAGGAGUCAUUAAACUUAACGAAUGGAAAGCUCGACUCAGAAGAGCAGCCGCUGCAGAAGAAAGAGCCCCGUGUGGACUCUGUGGAGGUCAAUCAAUCAUGCAAGUUUAUCCAGGUGAAAAAACUGCCGCUAAUGACGGAACAAAUUGCUGUUUGUACGACGUGUUCAUUCUCUGCUUACAUUCUUCAAUCAACCUUGGAGUCGAUUGUCACUCUUCUUACCAAGUCGCUGUUUGGCUGGGAAAACGAGGAGAACCUGAAACUCUUUACCAUGAUUGGAAUCACUGCCGUUAUUGGUUAUGUUAUUGUUAUGGUUGCUGGAAGGUUUGUAACUUUGCGAGUGACGUUGUUGGUUGGUGUUGCUCUUGAAGGUUGUCUUUUGCUCGUAAUGGGAACGAUAUUGCCAAUGGCGCAUUUCAGGGAAACAUGGAUUACGUACUCGUUUAUUGGAAUCACAGCCUCGUUUAUCAUUCUUCUUCCUUUUGUGUUUGUUUCUUCUGCCACGCUCAUGUCUGAAUUUACCGAUCAGAGCCAAAAAUCGACCAUUCAAGGACUACGAGUUACCGCCGAAAGAUUGGCCCAAAUUUGCGGCCCAGUUUGGGGAACUGGCACUUUUCCUCAGUAUAUGUUGUUGUUCACCUAUCCAGCUGUUUUCCUGUUUAUUUCCAGCUUUUUGAUAUUCCUGAGUUGGGAGUGGUUAGAGCCGACGAAGUUCAAAAAUGUUCCCGAUAAAAUGCUGGAAGAAGAAAAAUAA